CAAGGCGCCAAACGAGUCGCUGGCCCUCUGCAGACAGCAGACCGGCAAGGUUUCAGCACUGUCGCUCGCUGCUGUCAUCUGUGGACAACUGGAUUUAAAUUGGUCAUUUAAUUAUUUGACCAAUGGUUGGAAAUAAGAAGGGAAAGAAUAAGGCUUCACAAAAAGAUUUGAAGAGCUAUUUUAGCCAAGGUUCCAGUGGCUCAAGUCUAAGUACUCAUGGCAGCGGCGUAGUUGCUAUUGUAGAAGAUGUGCCUUUAGAAGAAAAUGUCUUGCCAUCUGUAGAACAUGAUGAAGAAGAAGAACAAGUUCAAGAAGGUAUAACUGACUUCAACCCGGAUCAUAUUAUUUCUGAUCCGGGACUUCGUAUUCCAAUCGAAAGAUUUUAUGCAAAUAUUAGAGAUGAAGUUAGGAGAGCUUUUAUAGCUAAAGGUCCAACCCAACCAACCGGUCACAGAUUUCCUCCAUCAAGUGAUAAAAGGAGCUUUCAGAAAAAGUGGUUUAGCCAAUAUAGUUGGUUGGAAUAUAGUGUGGAGAAGAAUAAGGCAUAUUGCUUCUAUUGCUACCUUUUUAAGAAUGAUCGAAUGGAUGACAAAUUUGGUUAUGAUGCCUUUACAAAAGCUGGGUUCUCACAAUGGAAAAAUGCUUAUCUUGCACUUCCAAAACAUGUUGGUGGGCCUAGUAGCAUACACAAUGUUGCAUCAACAUCAUUUCAUGAUUUUGAUAACCAAAGGUCAAGCAUAAAACAUAAGGUUUCAAGUUAUAGCAAAGAUGCAUUGAUCAAAUAUGAAACCCGAUUGGAAACUUCUUUAGGUAUUGUAAGUUAUCUUGUAUUGCAAGGGGAACCAUUUCGGGGGCAUGAUGAAUCUAGUACUUCGUUGAAUAGAGGCAAUUUUUUAGAAUUGCUUGAUUGGUACAAGCAAAGGAAUGAUGAAGUGAAGCGUGCUUUUGAUGAGUUAUGUCCCAAAAAUGCUAAAAUGACCUCUGGAACAAUUCAGAAAGAACUUGGAAGUUGUUGUGCGGAAGCAAUCACAAAGGCAAUAAAGGAAGAAAUGGGGGAUUGUCUAUUCACAAUUCUUGUUGAUGAGUCUCGUGAUAUAUCAAUUAAAGAACAAAUGGCCUUGGUUGUGAGAUUUGUGAAUACUAAAGGUGAGGUAAUUGAAAGAUUUCUAGGUCUCAAGCAUGUCAAGGACACAACAUCGGAAGCAUUGAAGAGAGCACUGGUUGAGGCAUUAAGCGACCAUGGUUUAUGUGUUGCAAAUCUUCGAGGGCAAGGGUAUGAUGGUGCUUCUAACAUGAGAGGAGAAUUUAAUGGUCUUCAAAAAAUAAUUCGAGAUGAGAACCCGCAUGCUCAUUAUAUUCAUUGCUUUGCUCAUCAAUUGCAAUUGGUAGUUGUUGCGGUCUCAAAAUGUUCCUCAUCUAUUGAAGAUUUCUUUGAGUAUGUUUCAUUGAUUGUGAAUAGCACUAGUGCUUCUUGCAAAAGGAAAGAUGUGUUGGUUCAUAAGCAUCGCUUAAAUAUUUUGUCUAAGUUAGAGAGUGGACAAAUUGUAUCGGGAAGAGGUAAACAACAAGAAACAUCAUUGGCGAGAGCAGGAGAUACAAGAUGGGGAUCUCACUACAAGACUUUACUUAGGAUUGAGUCAAUGUGGGAUUCAGUAAUAGAAGUCCUAGAAAUUGUGAAACAAGAUGAGCGCAAUCCAUCUAAGGCGGGUGGUUUGGUGCAAAUAAUGGAGUCUUUUAGCUUUGUGUUUAUCAUGAAGAUGAUGUUGCAAAUUCUCCGUAUUACAAAUGAGUUGUCUUUGAUCUUGCAAAGGAAAGAUCAAAAUAUUGUUCAAGCUAUGUCUUUAGUUGUUGAUGUGAAGACACGUUUGAUUAAUUUGAGAAGUGAAGGUUGGGAGCCAUUGUUUGAAGAAACCAAAACAUUUUGUUUGGAAAAUGAUAUCCCAAUACCAAAUAUGGAGGAUAUGGUACCAUGAUUUGGUCGAUCAAGAAAAGGUGGGAGAAACAAUAUCACUCAAGAACAUUUUUUUCGUAUUGAUACCUUCUAUGCUGCUAUAGAUGCUAUUACCACUGAGUUUGAUCAUCGCUUCAAUGAGACAUCCUCGGAGUUGUUGGUUUGUUUUGCUUGUCUUGAUCCAAGAGACUCAUUCUCCAAGUUUGAUGUAGAUAAGCUUUCUCGACUUGCGGAUAUCUAUUGUGACGACUUCUCUUUUGAUGAUCGCAAGAUAAUAAAGGAUCAGUUACGCACUUUCAUUAUUCAUGUGCGAAGACUUGAGGAGUUCAAAGUUUGUUAUGAUCUUGCAAGUCUAUCCAAAAUAAUGGUUAGACUUGAAAGACAUAUUGUUUUCCCAUUGGUCUUUCGUCUUAUUGAGUUGGCAUUGCUAUUACCGGUGGCGACGGCAACGGUUGAAAGGGCCUUCUCAGCGAUGAAGGUUAUCAAGACUGAAUUACGCAAUAAGAUGUCUGAUGGUUGGUUAAAUGAUUUAAUGGUUUGCUAUAUUGAGAGGGACAUAUUCAAAGGACUUGAUCUUCAAAAUAUUAAAAAGGCUUUUCAAAAGAAGAAAGAUAGACAAAUGCAAUUGCCUCAGUCUCCUAGACGUAACUAGGAGGAGGCUGGGGCACUGUGCUUAGCAGGAGGUUGAUGGGUCUGUUUGUGCUGCCUUUUGGGCUUUGUAUCUUGGUCCAUUUUAGACUCUUUUUCUUCUCUUAAUUUAAUGAUGCGCAGCUCUCCUGCGCGUUCAAGAAAAAAAAUUGAACUGCAAAACCAGCAAAGGGAAGCAAAAGUCCAUUGAUUACUACGUUAUACCU